AUGCUCUCUGAGUCCGCGGUGGAGAUCCGGGUGGUCGAGUCGUCUUCCUGGUUCUGUUCGUUCGUGGGGGCGACGGCGGUUGCGGGGUCCUCGUCCUCAUUGACAGACUCCUGCGAGGUUUGCGUCUCUAUUGCAGCAGACUCUUGGUUCACCGAAUGUUGUGGCUCUGACCGGUUGGUCACAGAGCUCUCCAGGCCGGACGAUUUAGCGUGUUCUUGUGCAGUCUUCCGCGACACCAUCGAGGUGGCAUCCUCCUCCACAAACACGGUGCGCGACCCGGCGGGCAUCUUGGUCACCUCGGUGCUCGAGGAGUGUACAGACCGCUGCUCAGGCUCCAGAUUGGGUUUUGGACCCAAAAUGUCGGACUGGUGCUGGGGCGCCGUGAAGAAUGGAUCUCGAUCGUUCGACGUGAUAGCUGCAGCAGAGCGCGUGGAACGCAAAGAGUGCAUGGAGCGCGCAGACCGGAUCGACCGUGCCGGAGAGCCUUUAAGUUCCAAACAGCUCUGCGUUCCAAAGCUGUUGGUGUUGGAAAUAAGAUGCAGGUUGCCGGCAUAA